AUGGUUGAUUCGAUGGCUUCUUCAGAAGACCACACUCAUGGCGAUGAUAACAUUCCGAAACCUCCUCCUCUUCCUCGUAUAACCUACCAGCGUUUUCAAGCUUACAGAAGGAAACCUUCGAGCUCAUCACGCCUUGUGCCCAAAGAAACAGUAGAAACUUGGGAGAAGCUUUUCAAAGAAGGAAUUGGAGCAGAAGCAUACGUCGUAACCGAUAACUAUUCUCAUUUUCCAGCUCAUUCAUGUGUCCUGCCUCACCCGUUAUGGCUACACUUCUGGAUCAGUCGAGGGGGAAAAAUGGAAAACCAUAUCUCAAAAUCCCUGGAGUGGUGCCUUGUGAAGUAG